CCUUCAUCUCUUACUUAUGUCAGAAUUCCAUUCCCUUGCUACCCUCAUCAAACGCCUAGAGGUAGCUACCACUCGGCUGGAAGACUUGGCCCUUUCGGGCAUGUCUGCUUCUACCAUCACCGCCACCCAUCCACCUGCUGCUCCUUCAGCUUCAUCUGCCCAACCUAAAGAGGCUCCCGUGGAGGUUCCUAGAGCUGUCGAAGCAUUCAGUAGCGCAAUUGAUACCCCAGUCAAACGGUUUAUUGAACUAUCUGGCCAACUCGGUGGCCCUGUUCAGGAACAGGCUCAACUCUUGCAACAGCUCGUCAACGCUCAGCGCGAUUUUAUUCAUUUAGCCUCUAUCGCUAAGAAGCCCGAUAUGAGCUCACCUACCUUUGCCAAACUCAUAGAGCCUAUUCAAAAACCUCUCAUGGCUAUUACCGAAGUGAAGGAUAAGAAUAGAGGUCACAAACAGUUUAACCAUUUAAGCACCGUAGCUGAAGGUGUUCCUGCAUUUGGUUGGAUCGCUGUGGAACCUACACCUGCACCUUACGUCCAGGAAAUGGGCAACGCUGCUCAGUUUUACUCGAACCGAGUCGUGAAGGAGUUCAAAGACAAAGACCCCCAGCAGAUCGAAUGGACCAAGGCGUUCUUGGCUAUUCUUAACGAGCUAUACAGUUAUGUUAAGGAGCACCACCGCACUGGACUUGUGUGGAAUCCAAAUGGUGAAAACCCCGAGUCAGCUUUCAGUAAGGUCUCGUCUCAACCUUCUGGAUCUGACGUUCCUACCCCCACCGCACCCCCACCAGCACCUGCACCUUCUGCUGGAGGCCCACCACCCCCUCCUCCUCCACCUCCACCCGUCAUGACCGAAUUCGAAGAUGCUGCUGCCAAGCCUGCACCUUCCGCCACGGGAGCUUCCGCCGUGUUUGCUGAGUUGAACAAGGGUGAAUCAGUGACAUCAGGUCUUCGCAAGGUUGAUAAGAGUCAGAUGACACACAAGAACCCAUCCUUGAGAGCAGGAAGUGUUGUUUCUGAUGAUGCUGUGAAGAAGACCCGUCCACCAACUCCAAAUAAGCCCGGAAAAUACGUCUUGAAGAAGCCUGCAAAGACCGAAUUGCAAGGAAACAAAUGGGUUGUAGAAAAUCAUGAAGGUAACAGCGAUGUUGUGAUUGAAGGUGAGAUCAAUCAUGCUGUCUACAUUUUUGGAUGCAAGAACUCCACCAUCCGUAUCAAGGGCAAGGUCAACGCCGUUACCAUGGAUUCAUGUCACAAGUGUGGCCUGGCUGUAGACACCAUUGUUUCCACUGUCGAUCUUGUUAACUGCAGGUCAUUUGGUGUCCAAAUCUUCAACGUUACCCCCACCAUUGUCAUUGAUAAGUGUGAUGGUGGUCAAGUCUACUUGAGCAAGAACUGCUUGGAUGUCGAGAUUUUGACUGCAAAGACAUCCGCCGUCAACAUUCUUGUGCCUGAAAGCCCUGCCGAAGACGCAGAAUUUGUAGAGCUUCCUGUCCCAGAGCAGUUGAAGAGUACCAUUGUUGACGGCAAGGUCGUUACCGUUGCCGUCGAACAUGCCGGUUAAUCAAUAGACUGGUGAUGUGGUUUUAUCAUUUUUUGAAAGAAAAAAAGAAAUAUUUCAUUCAUAAAAUACUGUAAUUGUUCGCUUAAAUAAAAAAAGAAAUAAGCUGAACAAUGGCUAGAAAGUGU